AUGCGGUCAACUGAGGAGAAAACUGUACUCUUAUGUGCUUUAGAUGAUGAUGUACAGGGACUUAAGAGUAUUUUGGAAAGCAAGAGUGCCAACGAAUCUCAGCAAUCGGAGAAUAUUCUGUGGGAAAAAGAUGAGGUGGGAAGAAAUGCGCUGUUUGCUGCGUGUACUUUUGGUCGGAGCGGCAUCGUGCGCGAACUCGUACAGAACGGCGCUGACGUCAAUGAACUCACAGCGCGCGGCUACUCACCGUUGCAUUAUUCUGCCAUGUGGGGUCAGCUGGACACUUUAAAAACUUUGGUUGAACUCAAUGCUGAUUUUCAAGCUGUCAGUUUCCGUGGAGAGAAGGCUGUUGAUGUGGCCCGGCGUUAUGACAAACUGGACUGCGCAGAGUAUCUGGCAUGGGCUGAGGCCAAACAAAGUUUGCAAGCAUUAAUACAAGAUGUCAGAGAUAUUAUAGCUGAUCCAGAGAAAGUUCAAGGGAAGCUCAAUAAAGAGGACAAGACCAUGUUUAUAAACAUCUGUUCUGCAAAAUCUGACUGGAUACACAACACCAAAAAUGCAACAAUUCAAGACUUCAUUGAACAGAAGAAGCACCUUGAAGACAUACUGGAACCUAUUCUGCUCAAGCUUAACACACAAUCUGAAGCCACAAUGAAGACAAGAAAGCCUUAG